AUGAUUGGUCCAUCAAUGGGGACUCCCGUACCACCACCCGAUGUUGGAGGCUCAGGCUUUGGUGGGACAGAUAUGAAGAAAGCGGACACUCUCCUAAUCCCAAUCACUUCAUGCCUUCCUUUACUGGAGUCCUUCGAAUGUCAAUCCUUAGCGACGAGUGGGCCAUCUGCUUCUGGCACCGUCGGACUUAACCUCUCAAGGCUUACAAGCUUAUCACGAAUUAAAUUAGUCUUUUCGCGCCUCCUCGAUGAAUCUUGGCUCUCGUAUUCAUGGCCAAUGAAUUUAGUGGACUUGUGCAUCAGAGGUUCAGAAAAGAUGUCACAAACCUUAUUUAUGAAAAUCAUACAACACAUAGGACCGAAUGUGACCAAACUUGGUGUAGGAUUUGCGCCAGCUCUUUUCGACUUCAAUCCUAUUGGUAGAGCUCUUCCCGACUUCAAUCCUAGAGAUAUAAUCAUGAACUUCCCAGCCCUUCGAAAGCUGCGACUCUUAACUGAUCAAUUCAGCAUCUUACCGUGUUUUCGUAAUUGCAAGAAUAUAGAAUCUAUAUACUAUUGGGGUAACAUUGAUUGGCCUGUCUUCAGCCACCUAUUAUAUGAUUCGACUUGGCCCAAGCUCAAGCAGAUUGGACUUUGUUUCAAAGCCGACGGAAGUUUUGGAUACAGCAAGGAAGAAGUCGGCCUUCAAGAACACACACGUGAACGGGAAUUAUAA